GCGGCAGUUAAAACGAGCUGGCGUUGCCGUGACUCCAGCGCUCCUUCCAGAAUCCCAUUUGGAGUCUUCGCUUCUCGCCUGAAACCUUGGACCUCGCUUCGCUCGAGAUGGACCCCAAUUGCUCCUGCUCCUCAGGUGACUCCUGCACCUGUGCCGGCUCCUGCACGUGCAGGGAAUGCAAAUGCGCCUCCUGCAAGAAGAGCUGCUGCUCCUGCUGCCCUGUGGGCUGUGCCAAGUGUGCCCAGGGCUGCAUCUGCAAAGGGGCAUCGGACAAGUGCAACUGCUGUGCCUGAUGCGGGCAGAGCCCGGCUCCCUGAUGUACCCAUUGCUUUUUCUAUGAAAGAUGUGAAUGACAAUAAACCCUUUCAGACUUG